UUAUUUUCAUUUCUGAUACAACCGCCGCGACAACCACGCGAACUUCAACUACUUUCGUUCUCGGUUGGCACCGGUCGAAAGUGACACCACCAUUCGCACCUGUGUGGGUGCUUAUGUAUGCCACCACCACCCAAUCUUCGCCAGACCGAUCGCAGUCCCCGAUAGCCGCUCCACGCUCCACUUUAAAAAGCCGCCGCUCCCGGUGGCCAAAGUUCAGUUUCAGCAAAGGCUUAGAAGUUUGUGGAACAUGAAGUCGGUGGCUUGGCUCUCUCUGCUGGCUCUGGUAUGGAGUGUGGACGCAAUUCAGUUACUGGGAUGGUUAAAUCCCAACUGCAAAGUUGUGCAUGGCGAGUGCCCCCAUGAAAAUGUUACCUUCUGGCUGUACUCCAAAGCCACCCGAGAUAAUCCCAUCUUGCUAGAUCCCCUUAAUCUCAAUCCCUGGGACUUUAUGCCGCCACGCCCCCUUAAGAUACUUCUCCACGGCUACACUGGACAUCGUGAUUAUUCGCCCAACUCUUAUAUUCGACCCGUGCUGCUGGAUCACGAGGACGUAUACGUAAUCUCCAUUGACUACAAGUCCUUGGUACCUGAACCCUGCUAUAUGUCAUCGGUGCAGAAUCUCCCGCUGGUCAGCAAGUGUCUGGCCCAGUUGAUCAAUAACCUGGUGGAUGCGAACAUAGUUCAAAAUGAGAAUAUCCACAUCAUUGGCUUCAGUUUGGGGGGUCAGGUGGCGGGUCAAACGGCCAACUAUCUGAAGAGGAAACUGAAAAGGAUCACUGGACUGGAUCCGGCCAAGCCUUUUUUCAUCCUGGCUGGAAACACGAAGCGAUUGGAUCCGGGAGAUGCGGAAUUCGUGGACGUCAUUCAUACCAAUGUGUUUGGCAGGGGAAUGUUGAGUCGCAUGGGACAUGUGGAUUUCUAUCCUAACUUCGAGCGCGUGGUACAGCCGGGAUGCAUGGAUCAGAAUCCCAAAAGCCCCGGCAGCUGCAGUCAUGAUCGCGCCCCUCAGUUCUAUGCCGAGUCCAUAAAUUCCACCACCGGCUUCUGGGGUCGUCAGUGCUCCAGCUGGUUGGCGCAUCUUGUGGGUCUGUGUCCCACAACAGGAAAUCAGGAACUGAUGGGCUACCACGUUUCGGUGGAGGCAAAGGGUUCGUACUUCCUCGAGACGGCGAGCUCCCGCCCCUUUGCCUUGGGCAAACAGAAGGAUGUGGACAAUAGCCAGUCCCUAGCUCAAUUCAGGCUAAGUGAAGAGCUCAACGAGAUUCCGCCUGACUAUGAGCCGCAGCUGCUGGAAGCCUUCCUCGAACUUAACGAUGUGGAAGCCACCGAAAGAACGGAUGAACUGGACAAGCCAUUAAACUGGAUCGAACGGGAGGAGGAUCAACCCUUGAGCAGAGUUGUAAAAAGAUCAGGGGUAUAGUUAUAUUUAUUAAAAAAAAAA